UGUGGUGCGUGCCACGCGCAGGACGCUCACCUGGUGUUUUGACUCCCGUUCCAUUCCUUACAUCUUGGUUCAUGUCCAUGCAUGCCCUGAUAGCACCAUCGCUUCGUCCAGCACUAGUGUGGUGGUGACCCGCAGGUUGUAUCGUAGUACACGUGAUGCUUUGGCUCACAGGCUGAACAAGACAUCUCGACACAUGGCUCCAGGGGAGGGCAGCUCGGGUUGCCUCGGCAGUACGCCUCUCCUCGACGGCUACCACGUGCCUGCCGAGUGGGAAACCCACGAAAGAACCUGGAUGCUGUGGCCGGUGCGACCAGACACCUGGAAAGAGUCUGCACGUCCAGCCCAACUCGCUUUCGCCGCAGUGGCAAAGGCGAUCGCGCGGUUCGAGCCAGUGACAGUCGGCGUUCCUUCGAGCCAGUUGCAGUCAGCGCAGCCUCUACUGGAUGCCACGGGCAUUGGCAUUGCAGUGAUUGAACAAGACGAUGCUUGGAUCCGGGAUACAGGACCUACAUUCGUUGUCGGUGGUACCCGUAGUGAAAGCUCGGAACGGCAGCGCGGAAUGCGAAAUGUUCGGGGCGUUGAUUGGUCCUUCAACGCGUGGGGGGGCGAGUUUGGGGGUUGCUUCUCGAACUGGGACAAGGACGACGCUAUCGCAAGUACGGUGCUGGGGCUUGUUGGCGCUGAUCGCUACAAGGCAAACAUGGUUUUGGAGGGGGGAUCUGUCCACGUGGAUGGAGAAGGAACGGUUAUUACUACGGAAGAAUGCCUCCUCAACCCCAACAGAAACCCGACCUUCACAAAGAGCGAGAUUGAGAAGCACCUGAGAGACUACCUUGGGGUGAAGUUGGUGCUUUGGCUUGGGCAGGGAGUGACGGGCGAUGUUGAUACUGAUGGGCAUGUCGACAAUCUUGUCGCAUUCGUGCAUCCUGGAGAGGUAGUCCUGCACUGGACGGACAACACUGAGGACCCGCAGCAUGCCGUCUCUUUGGAUGCUCUCCGGAGGCUGGAGGCGUUUAUAGAUGCGAGAGGACGACAACUGAAGGUUCACAAGUGCCCUCUUCCGGGCCCUCUGCACACGACGGAAGAAGAUGUGUCGUCUCUGGAGCAUACAUUGGGGUCACGGGAACGAGCUCAAGGUGACAGACUGGCUGCAUCAUACGUGAACUUCUACCUGGCGAAUGGGGCUGUCAUCCUACCAGGCUAUGGCGUGCCUGAAGAUGAAGCUGCCGUGAGAUUGUUCAAGGCGAUAUACCCGGAACGUGAAGUCAUUCAAGUCGACACCCGCGCUGUGGCUUUGGGCGGUGGUAACAUCCAUUGCAUCACGCAACAACAGCCUGUCGGGGCCACACGAGGCUAGCUAAAUAGCUAGCUUUCUAGAGUAGGGGGGUUGAUGCCCCUCCCACCCGGAGGACGAGUUUGAAAGAUUUCAAUUGAAUUGUGAGUAAAAGAACGCAACGCGCAACGCGUUCGCGUCUGUUUUGCGACCCAGCUUUUUAUAUUUGCGCUUUUUGCACUUGUCGAAGUUGGCAUUUGUCUUCGUGGCGUGCGUGUGGGGCUGAAAGAACAUAUUGUCGUACAGGAUGUUUUCGAUUAUGCCAUGCGCGUGACUACACCGCCUGCGUCUCGCUUUUUCCGAAAACACGUUUUUUCUGACAAAAUUCCUACGCUCAUCGUACAUGGGACCGCCUGUUUCGUGCUCCGUUCGGCAAUUGCGACGACGAGGUUCCUCAGAUUGCCGACAACACGGGAUAAUCCGCAGAGAAGCUCGGUCCCUGUGGCCCUUUCGGAAAGUCUCAAACCUAGUACUCUCCCAACCUACUUCGAAGUAUAACUUUCACAAAUGUUUUUCUCGAACCACUGCCCAAAACUCUUUCGAACUCUUGUAAGACCAGCACUCCCGUACGCACGCAUGAGACUCGUCGGGUCGGGUAUUUUACCGACCGGGCUGCCCACCACGUCAUGAUCGACCAAGGCGUUCGGAGUUUGUUCGUCUCUGGGGCUUGUGUCGUUUGGCUCCUGGCCGUGGCUAAUUUCUUUGUCGUGCUGAACCGACGCGGUCAGCGCUCCACUCGCACUUGCACGGUCUCCCUCAGCAAGUAGCGUCAUCCCGUUCGUGCAGCGUUCGUUGCCGAGCUUCUCCCUGUUGGGAGUAUUCUGCCGGGCCUCACUCGAGUGUUCAACCAGAGGUUGCAUUCGGUUUGCUACGCCAUCGCCGACAGGUUCUUCACUUUGUUGCUCGAUUCCGUCGCCUCCUCCUUGCCCUCUCUUUUCCAGGACCUUGCCGGUGUUUUCGUGUUUCUCUGUCCUUGCUUCCUCGCACUUCUCAGUCAGCUCUUCAUCCGUUUCCACUUCGUCUUCGUCCUCCCCCUCUGCCCCCCCGCCUUGUUCAUGUCGGGGGGUAAAGGGACUUGCCGGCUCUGCUUCUCGGUGAGUGCAGCUGUCGCACAAAAGCAAG